CCCCCUCCUCCAUUUUCUCCCUCCCUUCUCUCUUCUUUGAAAGGACCCACCCUGAGGGUGGAGCCUGGCUCGCUUCGCUUCUUCUUUUUUACCCCCUGACUUCAGUCUCCUCCACAUCUCCUUUCUGCAGAGCAUCUUGAUGCCCAUUCAAAGCUGCCUCCCCAGAGAGUUACCUUCCUGAUUUCCUGGAUUGUUUUUCUUUUUGUGGAAGCUUUGCAUUGCCACCUUAAACCAUGGACAUCGCUGGGUUUCUGAAGUCUCAGUUCAUUUUCCACCUUCUUAUCAGUUACAUAUUUAUAGCUUCGGGACUGAUAAUCAACUUCAUUCAACUCUUCACUCUAAUUCUCUGGCCAUUCAACAAGCAACUUUUCAGGAAGGUCAACUGCAAGCUGGCUUACUGCCUUUCAAGCCAAUUGGUGAUGCUGCUGGAAUGGUGGUCAGGCACUACUUGCACCCUCUACACAGACCCACAGCAUUACCACAAGUAUGGGAAAGAAAAUGCCAUCGUAAUUCUUAAUCACAACUUUGAAAUCGACUUUCUCUGUGGUUGGAGCUUUUGUGACAGAUUUGGGGUUUUAGGGAGUUCCAAAGUCCUUGCAAAGAAGGAACUUUCCUAUAUGCCGAUCAUUGGGUGGAUGUGGUAUUUCCUUGAAAUGGUUUUCUGCAAGCGCAAAUGGGAGGAGGAUCGGAAAACUGUGGUGGAAGGCUUGCUUAAUCUCCAAGACUAUCCUGAAAACUUCUGGUUUUUAAUUCACUGUGAAGGCACAAGAUUCACAGAGCAAAAACACGAAAUCAGCAUGCAGGUGGCGGAAGCUAAAGGACUCCCCAAGCUCAAAUACCAUCUCCUGCCACGGACAAAGGGAUUUGCUGUCACCGUCCAGUGUUUGAGAAAUGUAGUUUCUGCCGUGUAUGAUUCUACGCUGAACUUUAGAAACAAUGAAAAUCCAACUUUGCUGGGAGUUUUAAAUGGGAAGAAAUACCAUGCAGAUUUAUAUGUCAGGCGGAUUCCAUUAGGAGAAGUCCCAGAAGAUGAGCAAGAAUGUUCUAAUUGGCUUCACAAACUCUAUCAGGAAAAGGACUCUUUUCAAGAGGAAUACUACAAAACAGGAGUCUACCCUGGUACUCCAAUAGUGCCAUCCCGGCGACCAUGGACUCUUUUGAACUGGCUUUUUUGGGCCUUAUUGCUUCUAUAUCCUUUGUUCAAGUUGCUCAUCAACAUGAUCAGCAGCGGCUCUUCACUUACACUUGCCACAUUUGCCUUUGUCUUUGUAGCAGGCAUUUCAGGAUUGGAGAGUAUCAUGCCUUUUCAUUAUAGAUGUGUUCAGGUAAGAUGUCCUAGGAUAAUUCAAAGCAGUCUGUGAGGAAAUUGGUUUGCUUUCUCUUGCCUGUAAUUCUCCAUUUUUUAAAGUGUUAUCUCGUUCCUACCUUUAUGCCCUGGCCUGAUCUCUAACUUGUGGCAUUCACAGCAUGCAACAGAGCAAAGCAAAUUGGUACUCUGUUCAAAUGGGAACUGUACGACAAGAUGUUGUGAGCUGCAAUUGCAAAGAACCAGAAGUUUGUUCCUGUUGGUAGGAGUUUGCUGGCCUGCCAGCUUUUGCAGGCAAUGUUCUGUUUUGCCCUUAUGCAGAUGCAGGUGAGGUUCACAACUAACUUCAAUAGAUUUUUGUGAGUUUAUCAAAACUGAAGAGCCCUGGUUUUGUGGAGGUUAUUUAAUCAGUACCAGUUAUAAAAUCUCACUGUCCUGGACAGCUAGAUUAUGGUAAUGGGAUAUAGUAAUUUAGGGUUGUUGGGGGACAAUGAAGUGCUUGCCCUCUAUACCUCUGUGUAAUCUGGGCACCUCUGAACGCUCUACCGUGAAUGUAUAGUUUGCACAUGGCUCUCAAAAGGGAAAACUGCAUUGAUGUAACCCAAAUCCCUAUAGUGGUAAGGAAAUCUUUCUGUCGGAGAUGAUGCAGAAGAAUUAAAAUCUUGCUGCUGGUCAGAUGGUGGCACAUACAUUUAAUGUAUGUGCCAUAUUAUUCUUGGAUUGGCCAAAUGGUGCCAUAUUACAGCUCCCAAGUGUAAUAUGGCUUCUUUUCAUUUGAUAUAUUACGUCUAGGGGACUAUUUUGAUAUCAUGUUUGUUACAACAACAUAAACACAUUACAUUCUUAAGGCUUACAUGUCUUCUACCUAACCACAACAUGAAGUGAGAAAACAACUCUACUGACAUUGUUGUGCAGUAAUUUGUUUGAUUAUUUCCCAAACUAGCAUUGAUAUUUAGGAUAAUCUCACAAACUCAAUACUGGAAAGGAUGUGCUGAGUUUUUAAAGGAGAGAUAAAGAUUAUGCUUCUGAGUAUUUCAUAAAAGGAGCAUCUGAGGUGCUAUGUAAUGCCUCCACCUUAUGCAUUUUUACAGGCAAGAGAAUGAAAUGAUAUUUUAAAAACCUUGCAAAUAGUGAUAGAUAAAAUAGCAUGAAAAGAUUUACUAUGGCCUGGUUAAGGCCAGAUUUGAUUGUUUUAAUGGAAAGGAUUUAAGGGUGUUCUUCAGUCUGUAAUCAUACUUCUCUGUGGGUAGCAGGGUAAAGAUUUGAAGAGGCAAUUCUCCUCUUUUAAGACCUCCUCCUAUACAAGGGAUUGUUCCUAAACUACACAAGCAAUUGUCAGUUGACUAAAUUACAGAAAGAAGAAACAUUGUUUUAAUUGCUCAUGUUGCAUGGACUACUGCAUGUUCAGUGCAUGCAGUUUAUCUGAAGCUACUUUGAACAUAAUGCAUUUUAAACUUUCAAACAAGUAUGCAUCUGAAACAUUAAUGAACAUUCAUAAAUAAUCAGAAAGCAAAGGAGUCCCUAUAACAUGUUGAUGGCACAGGUGUCAUUGAAGGCGCAGAAUCAGAGACUGCAAAAUAAAUAUGGAAACAUGCCAUCCAUACAUUUGAAGUCUUUCGAAAUGGAAGUUAUGUUAUGAAAAUGCUUGGACUGAUCUCAUAAGAAACCAGAACAUUUUUUAAAUACCCAUCUGAAAUAGCCCAGAAUCCUGUUGGAGGAUCAUGCUCUGGCUUCCCUCUGUGGCUGUACUUUUUACAUACUUUCAUAAGGAGGCAUCCAGUGCCUUUUCACGCGACAACACUUCCAUUGUCCUGCAGUGCAACAUGCCAACAUAAAGGCAGAUGUAGUACAUCGCCACAGCUCCUGACACAGCCACUGGAACAGCUAUUACUAUGUCACAUGGAAUAGUCUCACAGAGUCUUGCAUUUCACAGAUGUUGUACAUGGUAUUUGCCAUAAUCUUGAAUAACCAUGUUAGAUUGAUAUUUUAUUUUAUUUUGUGGGGUGUGGGUAAAUCCAUAAAGAAAGGUUAAAUGCUAAGGUUGGGUGUUGUUAUUUUUUUUAAAAAUAGCAGUUGUCACACAGAAGCUUUUCACUAGUUCUAGAUCCUAUCUGAACUUGGAAGCUAAGCUAAGUCAGGUCAGUCAUGAUUUGUGCUUAGAUGGGUGGGCACCAGUUAAUACCAGGUGCUGUAAGCUAACUUUCAGAGUUUGGAACUGACAAAGCAACCUUUGAGUGUUCCAUACCUAAGAAAACCAUAUGAAAUUCACGGAAUUACUGAAAGUCGACAGCCAACUUAAAGGCUUAUAUACACACACAUGCAUAUAUAAUCCAUGGUGAAGUAGUGGCACCUGUCUUUGGUCGAGUCCUAUGUUUAGCGUCUAUAAGCUGUCCUUCUAAAAGCCCACCCAGAAGUGGUUCUGAGAAUGGCAAGGCCGCCAGUCACUCACAGUUGUCACUGUUGCCAUGACAGGAAGAUUUAUAUGUUUAGGCCAGGGUCCUCAAACUUUUUAAACAGAGGGCCAGGUCACAGUCCCUCAAACUGACGGAAGGCCGGAUUAUAAUUUGAAAAAAAAUGAAUGAAUUCCGGUGCACACUGCACAUAUCUUAUUUGUAGUGCAAAAGCCACUUUAAAACAAUACAAUAAUUAAAAUGAAGAACAAUUUUAACAACUAUAAAUUGAUUAGUAUUUCAAUGGGAAGUGUGGGUCUGCUUUUGACAGAUGAGAUAGGAUUGUUGUUGUUAUUGUGUGCUUUUGAGUCAUUACAGACUUAGGUUGACCCUGAGCGAGGGCUGGGUAAAUGACCUUGGAGGGCCGCAUCAGGUCCCCGGGCCUUAGUUUGAGGACCCCUGGUUUAAACCAAUGGUUCUCAACCUGUGGGUCCCCAAAUGCUUUGGCCUUCAACUCCCAGAAAUCUUAACAGAUGGUAAACUGGCUGGGAUUUCUGGGAGUUGUAGGCCAGAACACCUGGGGACCCACAGGCUGAGAACCACUGCUUUAGACCCAAGGAUCUGAGUGUCAGUGGGUGGAAUGGCAUAAUUUGGAAAGCAGGUUUGCCAAGGCUGCUUAUACUGUAAAUUAAAAUGGUGGUGGAUGGUUUGGUAUUACAUGUUACUGCACAUUGCUUCAUUCAUGGAUUUUAAUUUCACCAAGGUUUGUCAGACUCUCCGUUUAAUAAUGAAUACAAGAGUUUUUCAAGGGAAGCUGCAAGAAACCCAUCUACUGGCCAUAGGAAGAAUAACUCCUCUAUAAGAACCAUUACACUUUGCAUGUGAACACUAUGGUGAAUGAAUGGCAAGGACAGCUAUUAUUAGAAGAGGAAGAAACAUAUGUUUCUAUUUUAAGUUUCUGUAGGACUACCAUAGUAAAAUUGUUUUGUCGUAAA